AUGUCAAACACUCCCCACAGUUCUCCUUCACUAUCCCAGACUCUAGAUCUUGUCGAAGAAGAAAGGCGGCAGCUUGAAAGUCUUUGUGAAGAACUUGAAGCUGUUUAUAGAGCUAUGAAUGAAGAUCUUGACUCUCUAUGGGAAAGCACCAAGCCAAGACUAGAAGAAGCUUUCCGUAUCACAGUAGAUGAACACAAUGAAAAAUUAGAUGAGCUCCAAAGGGCUAGAGUUAAGCAAGAGCAGCUUUGUAAUGACUUAGCAUCUGCUCAAGAUUUCGUGAACCAAAUAACACAGUUUAUUUCUUAA